CUCUCACCACGGUGCUCUCCGUCGACACUCACAGGCCGAAUAAAUCAUGCCUUCAAAUGGUCCGUCUCGCCGCAGCGCAAGGCUGAAGGGGCAACCUGCCCCUCCGCCUCCGUCGCCACCACUGGCAGCCCCGCCCAAGAAACGCGUCAAACGACGCCACAUUCGCAGUAGCGAAGACGUUGAGCAAGGAGGGAUUUUGCGGAACAUGCCGCUGGAUAUUAUAUACGAGGUUAUCUCGCAUCUACGGCAUCGCAAAAAAGUGGAGAGUACGGCCAAGCAUGGCCAAACUCAACCAUGGCAGCCAAUCGCUACCAACGGUAUAAUUCGCAGCCAAACUGGUAGCCUCACUGGCCAUGCAUGGUCAGCGACUCCCCGUCGCGCCAAUCGCUGUAUAGUGCUAUAGUUUUGACGAGAGUCAAUACUAUGUAGAAAUCUGAGGCACCGUUGGUCAAUUCAGUAUGUUGUGGCUGCUACUUCUCGU